CAAAAUCCCUCACAAAAAAAAAAAAUCCCCAAUUCCUCAAAAUCCACAGAAAUCAAAGGACGACUCCAUCCGUAAAUCCUCGGCUCUCAAAAAUUCGAAUUCUGCUGAUCCGAUUCCCUUUCCCCGGUGAUUCGAUUCGGCUCGAUCUCUGCUCCAUUGCCUGCUUUGCUUGUGUCUCAGACUCAGUGAGGACCUUUUGGCAUGAGCAUUCAGUUAAUCAUUUAAUCAAGAAUUCUAUUCCUUCAAGUUCUUGGCUUCUGCCCAAUUUCUUCGUUAGUUUCACAAUUUGGAGCUUUUACAAAAGUGCAUUGUGGUUCAGAGGAUCAGUAUUGUCAGUUGCUAACGCACCUAGAGUUUCUGAAGCCCCAGUAGGGGAUUUAAUUCUAGCUUUUCUUUUUGGUAAGUUUUCAUUUAGUUCAAUGAGCUUUCUUCUUCGUUACAUUUGUGCUUAGAGAUUUCAUUUUGCAGCCUUAACUGUGACAUAAGUUUGGGUUAAUGUACUUGUGUCAUGUUAGCAUUCAGAUGUGGUUAGGGUAAUAAGAUUUCCGCAUAUUUAGCGAUUAUGCAGUUGGGUCCUGAUAAACUGGUCCUAGCAGCCUUUUUUUUUUUUAUGUUGUUCGCUGUCUAGGAUUUAGUUGCAACUUCUUUACCUAUGCUGUAAAUUGAAUUGGCUGUCGAUCUGAAUUUUUUAAUAGUGAUUCAAAGAUUUUUUAUGAAAAUGGAGGGGUAAAAAUGGAUGAUAUGAUUGUUUGAUGAAAAUUGAAAUGGCAAUAUAGAACAUUUUGCAAUAUAUAUUUAUUUGUUUGAUGGUGUCAAGGAUGUAUGCAACAUACAUGCUUCUAUUGUUUUAUGUAAUAUGAUAAAUAAGUUGUUUUCUGCAAUCACUGUCACUGUCCCUAUUGAUUGGUACUUAUGUCCUUGUCCUAAUAAGUUCCACAGUAAAUUAAACAGUUUAUGCAAGAUGGCUGGUGUGAAACGGAGAUUAGAUACUGGUUCAGAUAUUCGUGCUCUUUACAAAGAACUGGAUGCUGUUUCAUGCCCCAUCUGCAUGGACCAUCCACAUAAUGCAGUUCUCCUCCUUUGCAGUUCGCAUGACAAGGGUUGCAGAUCUUAUAUUUGUGACACGAGUUACAGGCACUCAAAUUGCCUGGACCGUUUUAAAAAGUUGAGGGAAAAUAAUACUAACGGUCAAACUUUAGUCAGUUCGUUACCUACAAAUCAUCAUGGCUCUCAUAAUACUUCUGAUAUGGCAUUGGGAACAGAUUUGAAUGAAGCUAACGAAAGUCUUAACAUGUUUGAAAGCAAUGCUGUAAUAUCUGCUAAUUUACCUGGACAGCCGCAAGAACGUGUUAUUCAAGAUCUAAAUAUACCUCUACCGGAAGAACUUUUGGGAGUGGCUGAUUCCGAGUCAUUUCAGGAAAGGGUUGAGCAUGGUGAGUUGGAUGUGGAGAAUUCAUUGGAGUCAACCUUGAGCUUGAAAUGUCCUUUGUGCAGAGGGGCCAUUCUGGGCUGGGAGGUUGUGGAAGAUUGUAGGAAGUAUCUUAAUCUGAAGAAGCGAAGUUGUUCUCGUGAAGCAUGCUUUUUUUCUGGUAAUUACCAGGAGUUGCGCCGGCAUGCUAGGAGAGUUCAUCCUACCACUCGACCCUCAGACAUUGACCCAUCUAGGGAGCGAGCGUGGCGACACCUUGAGCAUCAAAGAGAAUUUGGUGAUGUUGUUAGUGCUAUUCAUUCAGCCAUGCCAGGAGCUGUUGUGGUUGGGGAUUAUGUGAUAGAAAAUGGAGAUAGGCUAGGGGGUGGUGGUGAAGGUGGUGCUGGUGAAGCUAAUAGCCCUUGGUGGACUACCAUGUUUCUGUUUCAGAUGAUUGGCUCAGCUGAUCGUGCUGGGGAACCAAGGGCAAGGGCAAGGGCUUGGACUAGACAUCGGCGGCCAGCAGGAGGUCUAUCUGAAAGGCGGUUACUUUGGGGUGAGAACCUGUUGGGUCUUCAAGAUGAUGACGAUGAUGAGGAUGAUGGUGAGGAGGACAACAUUCUCAUACUGAAUGACAGAGAUGUAUCUCCAAUUCCUAGAAGGCGCCGGCGUUUGACACGUUCUAGGUCAGUUGAAGAUCGGCCCUGAGAGAUGCCAUGUUAUCUGUAACAACCAAAGCUGCCUUUCAGACAGGACAUGCUCUAGGGUCUAUGGUUUGAAAACACCAUCAGCUCGUGGAACUUUUCCAUGAGUGUUGAUAUAAUCGUAUAGACGUAAACGAUUGUAUGAACCAGAGGAUUAUGUUCAUGUUCUCACAACUCACUUGUCUCUGAAGUAGUUGAUCACCAAGUUGAGCUAUUGUGGACUUGUACGUCAUUGUCAAGUAUUUCAUUAUGUUUGUAAUGUAGUCUAGUAGGGAUUUGAUUUGCUUGUUUCAUAAUGUAUAGAUCAAAGAAAGUAGCAAUGAAAUUACAUUUGAGUAUUGUGAAGAAGAUUUCCUUAGUGUAAUUUCUCUACCUAGUAGCUGUA